AUGUUGUUCACGCAUGCAUUACCACUCCUCAUCUCAGCUUUCGACCUCAUCACCGCAACCUUCAUCUCCGGGUUAAUAAUCCUCUCGGUUUUGUCCCUAUGCUUCAUCUUCCACCUUCGCUUCAAAUCAAAAUCCAUCACACACUUACAAGGCUUCAACUCGCUCUGGACCGUACGGUUCCUCCUCGUGUUAUUCGUAUUCUUAUGGUCCAUCACCGAACUUCUCCGGUUACCUUUUUUUCGCCGAAAAUAUUUGUACCCUUUUACACCCUCCUUUAGCAUAUCCCAACAAGCCGACCUCUGCAAAGUCCACAUCGUACUCUCCCUCGGAUUCUUCGAACCCGCGUUCCUCGUAACGCUAUUGUUUCUUCUCAAUGCUUCGAUCAAAACGAAGACACCGAAAAAUAAUGACAAGUGGGCCAUCACGUCAGUGCUCCUCACGUGCCUCCCCUUUGCGACGCUCCAGGCAUUGCUCAUAUUCUUUGCCCCUUUCGAGAACCGAGUGCCGGCUGAAACCUCGGUGGUUCUAAACGACGGCUACGGCUUCGAGACCGUGCUCUGCGCGUACCCUUUUCUGAGUAGUGUUCUUUUUGCUGUGUUUGGCGUUGCGUACUCGACGUGGUUCUUGUUCUCGUGUUGGAGGGUUUUGUCGCUUGUCAUCAACAAAGGCUUGAGGAUGAGGAUUUACGUGCUGGCUUGGAUUGUGCUUGUUGCGAUUCCGCUGCAGAUUGUAGCGUUGGGGUUCAGCGUUCGGUGGAGCCCGCACCAGGAGGUUCACGGCGUCGUUUCGCUCGUGGGGUUCCUCGCGGUGUUUUGCUGCGCCACCACCGGGGAGGGCAUUCUCGUCAUUAAGCCUAUUUCCGAUGCGUUGGAUGCUGGAGGAAAUUAUUGCGUGUGGACCCCGCAGACACGGGCGUGGCAACUUGAAGAAACCGAACCAGCUGGUGUGGUUGUUCGUUUGGAGGGAGGGUAA